CUGAGUCAACGCAUUUUUCAGAUUCAACAAGGGUAGGGCGCAGGGCGGCUGGCCCCCGCAACAAGACAGAGACACAAGUCAGCUACUUCCCUAGCUGAAUCGAUCAGCUAACGUGUUAUCAAUUGAUGUCUUCAGAGGAGAUUUAAGAUUUUGCUGAGCAUUUAGUUGGUUUGAUCUGCCGUUUGUCACGCAAAAAACUACAACCCGACAAAAUGACAGACCCUUCGGUGGCCGACACUCGCCGGUUGAAUUCCAAGCCACAGGACCUGACGGAUGCUUACGGCCCCCCCAGCAAUUUUCUGGAAAUAGACGUUUAUGAUCCACAAGUCGUCGGAGUUGGACGUAACCGUUACACAAAUUACGAAGUUCGUAUGCGGACAAACCUACCCAUUUUCAAACUGAAGGACUCCUGUGUGAGAAGAAGAUACAGUGACUUUGAGUGGUUAAAGAACGAGCUGGAAAGAGACAGUAAGAUUGUAGUACCAUCUCUGCCGGGAAAAGCCCUGAAGAGACAGUUGCCAUUCCGCGGAGAUGAGGGCCUUUUUGAGGAGUCCUUCAUUGAGGAGCGGCGAUCGGGCCUGGAGCAGUUCAUCAACAGAAUUGCAGGUCAUCCCUUGGCCCAGAACGAGCGCUGUCUGCACAUGUUUCUGCAAGAUGAAAGCAUUGACCGUAACUACAUUCCUGGAAAAGUAUGAAUAAAGUAAGUCUGCUUUAUUUGAUCCGGUCUCCAAGAGCUUUCUGAAAGCUGGCUGCAUGGGCACUAUAAAGACCAAAGGCUAUAGUUCUCAAAUACUUAAGUAGACUAAUGCUAAUGCCAUAUAAAGGCUGGGCUAUAUAUUGAUAUCAUAAAAAUAUCGUUAAACGACACUAUAUAUCACUUACAUUUAAACAUACAUUUAAAGAUGCAUUACUGUACAUUGAUGUAAUUUGAACUAACCAGACCGUCUAGUUAGUCAUAUCCAUAUAACUCAUGAUUAUUUAUCAAAAUACUCGUGUAAAAAAAACAAAGUCCACUGAAUUAUAUUGUUGCAAUAUCGAGAUAUUUGAUCCAAAAUAUCAAGGUAUUUCAUUUUCUUCAUAUAGCCUAGCCUUUCCAUAUAUAAACAAUCACAUAUGUCUGACUACAAUCUGUGACUGAAACUUGUAAUAGUACCACACAUGUUCAACCAGUCAUUGUCCAAAGAAAUGAUGGCGUGAUCAGGAUGGGUUGCAAAUGGAGGAACAUUCUGUGAACCAGUUUGGCAUUACCCCUUAUCUGCCAUGUAGAGAAAAAAGAUUGUCAAAAUCUGAACAUUGUUUAAUUGGGAAUGAGUUUACUAGAGUGAAUCAGCUGAUUAUCAGAAACUGGCUUGCAGAGGUCUCUCAGUCCACCAGUAUCAGGAGUUUGAGUUAUGUAAAUUAUUGCUUUCUGGGAAUAAGUUUUGUACAUCAUUAGAAAAACUUUUUGAAACAUUUCUCAAACUAAUUCUGAUACAUUGUCAUUAUCAACCCGAGUUUCAUUGGCUGCAUGGCAAACUUGCACGCUUUCCUUGCAAAAAUAUGUGUCUCAACGUCACUGACAGUUCUUUUUACAUGCUUCUGAUCACAUUUUUCAGUCUGUUGAUUCAGAUAUUUAUCCCUCCUAUAAUUUCAGUUUCCUGAGACAUGUGAUAUGUUCUGUGAAUAGUGUUAUGAUAUUGUGCCAUUGCAUUAGUCAAGCAUUGACCAAAUCCAUUUAAAGCUUGAACAUGUCUCUGUAUUAUUUCUCAUGUAUGUCUCUUUUUCUCUCUUACUGCAAAGACAAUACAGACUGCUGCACCUGCCCCAUGUACAUUAAUUUCGACAGCACGUCAUUAUAAAGCUGGUGGAAAUGUCAGAACUGAUAAGUAUCAACGGUGUAGGAAAAACACAACUAUCGCUCCAGGACAAAACUAAGAGAUCCAAUGUAUAAAUCGUUUGAUGUUGUGUCUUUAUUAAGCCAUUCCACAUACAGUAUGUACAUUAUGUUUUGAUUCAGUACCAGUGAAAAGAAAAAACACGUUCCAUAUGUCCUUUUGUCAUAGCUAGAUCAUUUUUAUUUUUUUUUACAAUUUGAUUAUUAUGUUUUCUGAGUGUCUUUUAAAUUCAGUUGAUCAAGUUUAAAAUUAAGGUAAUUUCCUGCUUUGAUUAAUGUCUUCUUUUGCUAGCGGAGAUGUGAUUUUGAUGAUAACCUCCCAAAGUCAAGCCACAUGUAGCAUCAUGAAAGACAUUUAUGUUUCAUUCCAGUCAAUACAAAUGUUCUGAAAAUGCUCUUAUAUUGUUUUAACUCUGCUGUCGUAGUUACAUCAUCAUGCCUACACUUCGGCUGUGUGUUGUCGAAUCAGCUAUUGGGAAUGUUCAGUUAGGUAAAUAACCAUAUCUAAGCACUGUGACAAGAGGUUCAUUAUAUGAACAAAAAUUCAUGUUUAAAGGCUUAAUCAGCAUCUGGUUUAUUGAUCUAAAGUAUGGCUUAUUCUGUGCUUAUUUUCAGCUGGUUUAUUCUUUCUAUCAAUAUUAUUGUGAGGUGUAUUAAUACAUGUUAUCAUUGCAGUUUCACUAUGGGUUACGAGGAACUCCCUUGUUAAUUCUGUCCACUGAUUAAAUUUCCUGCUGCCUGCUGGUUCAUGUCUACAUGUGUCUUUUCAGUUUAAAUAGAAAUAUAAUCAGCAAAACUCAACUUCCAAUUUGUGAUAAGUGUGUCACACUAAUAAGCAGUUAGCUGGGGUCAUGGGAGCUGGAUGAAUGGCAGAUAACCUAGUUUAAGAAUAAAAUGAUUUUUCUUUUUUUAAAUGAGAGGUUGGAAACAGAUUUACUUUUUUUUGUUUUGCAUGAUCCUUCCAACUUGUACAUAAAGAUUUUACUACGUUUUAAAUAUUGUUUGAAACAGCCAAACCUCAGCUUUUACUGGUGAACUUGUUCUGGACUCUGAAAAUAACCGGUGCAGUGAGAUAAGGGUUAUGUUUCACUUUGUAACAAUACAAGGCCGUUCCCAGCACUAUAAGUUAACUAACCCUCCACAGACCCUCUCCACAACCUGUCAGAUAAUAUAAGUGUAAAAUUGAAAAAAAAGUGUACAUGUAUUUUAAAGCUCAAUGAAACUUGUAAUGUGCUGCACCAAAGCUCACAUUAAUAAAACCUUAAUACAGUGUCA